ACACCAUAAAAGUUGGGGUGAUUAGUGAUACCUUCUCACCUCACCACACUGUUCUGACACAGAAAUUUACAUUCAAAGGAAGUCAACAUCUGUACAGAAAAAGUUGCACAAUGGUAUGCCUCAAACAAACUCAUUACAUAAACUAAAAAAGAAAAUGGGAAGAAAGAUAGGGAACAUUCAAGGGUAAUCAACCCCACCAGUCCACCACUCUCUCUCUCUCUCUCUUCAAUGCUGCAACCUUAUUUGGAUUUUGGAAAAGCUUAGCUAAUUAAGAAGCAUAAUACACCCUCUUGAAUAAGCAUUUUGGUAUCUUCAGCUAAAAAUGGAGAGCAGCUGCAUUCUGGCUUUUCUUUUCCUCCUCAUUCUCCACUCAAGUACAACAAAAGCUGCCUUCAGUGUUGGUGGUGGAGUUGGUGUAGGUGUAGGUGUAGGUAUAGGUGUUGGUGUUGGUGUUGGCAAUGGAAAUGGUGGCAGUGGUGGAGUGGUUUGGGUUGGUGGAGGGAUUAACAGCCCAGAGCCACCUAGAUCUUCAGUGCCAAAGCUUGAAGGAGCAUACACAGCACUUCAGGCAUGGAAAUCUGCAGUCACUGAGGACCCUCUUAAGAUUUUAUCAAGUUGGAUUGGUCCCAAUGUGUGUGCUUACAAAGGAGUCUUCUGUGCUGCAAACCCUCAAGAUGAAACGGUUGGUGCAUCAGCAGCAUUCCCAGUUGUAGUAGCAGGCAUAGAUCUCAACCAUGCAAAUCUGAAAGGAACUCUUGUGAAGGAGCUCUCUCUACUCAGUGAUUUGUCCCUUCUCCACCUCAACAGUAACAGAUUCACUGGCACUGUUCCUGAAACAUUCAGAGACCUUGUGUUUCUGGAAGAGUUAGACCUCAGCAACAACCAACUCUCAGGUCCUUUCCCUUCUGCUACUUUGUACAUGCCAGGCCUCAUCUACUUGGACCUCAGAUUCAACUACUUCUCCGGGUCCCUCCCUCAGGAACUUUUCAGCAAGAACCUUGAUGCAUUGUUCCUCAAUAAUAACCAAUUUGAAGGUGAAAUUCCUCAAAACUUGGGCAGUUCCCCAGCCUCAGUGAUAAACUUAGCCAACAACAAGUUAAGUGGAAGCAUCCCAGCAAGUUUGGGCUUCAUGGGUUCUAAAAUAAAGGAGAUUCUGUUCCUCAAUAACCAGUUAACUGGAUGCAUUCCUGAGGGAGUUGGACUAUUCACAGAGAUGCAAGUUCUGGAUGUGAGCUUCAACUCACUCAUGGGUCAUUUGCCAGACACACUAUCAUGCCUGCAAGACAUAGAAGUUCUCAAUUUGGCUCAUAACAAGCUCUCUGGGGAGUUAUCAGAUGUGGUGUGCUCUUUGAGAAGCCUUGCAAAUCUAACUGUUGCUUACAAUUUCUUUUCUGGGUUCAGCCACGAAUGCUCAAGGCUUUUCUUUAGGAAUGUUGGUUUUGAUUUCUCACUAAACUGCAUUCCUGAUAGGGACAUGCAGAGACCUCCACCUGAGUGCUCUGGCAUACCAGGUGGAAGUCUUAGUUGUCUCAGAAUCCCCACACCAAGGCCUCUUGUUUGUGGUUCAAUGGCUGUAAGUAAGUCUAAGAACAUUAUUGAUCCCACUUCAUCAUCUCCUCCUUGAUGAUGGUUAUUAUUAGUUACAUUACAUUACAUUACAGGUUGGUCAUAGCUGUUCCAUUAAUUACUGCUACCAAUCUUAAUUCACAAUUCUGCUAAUUUAAUUCUUCAAA